UUCAUUUUGAGCUGUGUUGAGAUAGUAGCACCAACAAAUUCUAGUUAGAAUAAAAAUACAGAUAAAUAUCUCUUUGGUAAUCCUCUGUACAUUACUUCUGACAAAUGCUCCUGUCUAUGUUUAAAAACACUGGGACAAAUAAUUACACCUGUGGUACUCCACAUGUUCCAUGAAGACUGUAGCAAAAGUACACAGCUUUGUUUGUGCGUGAAACCUACUUUCACUAUGUUAUUUACCUUUUAAAUUAUUCAGCCCGGGAACAAUCAAUAUUAUAACUAGUCUACGAAGGGCUUGUCUACAUGGCACAGCAGUGUGCGUGAGAGGAUGUAAUUUCUAAACUGUACUGCAUUGCACGCCAACUAGCCCAUAUAGACACUGCUGGCACACAUUAAAAGUUCCCUAGUGACCACCCUACGUUAACGUACUAUGGAAUUUUUACUGCCAGAUAGUGCACAGCAUACUGGUGUGCUUUAAAAAGCACACACCUCUAGCGCACAUUGCUGUGCUAUGUAGACAUGCCCUAAAACAGAAGCAACAGCAUUUUCCAACUAUAAGAUGCAUUGUCAAAAGUACAGUAAGUUUGGGGCAUAAACAUUUAGACAGUUCCUUUAGACAUGGAUGAAAAAUACUUUAGUGAUAAGCUGUAUAAAUGUAAGCCUUGGCCAAACUUCUCAUUUUGGCCAGUGGCAAACUUGACCCUUUGAUUACAAUAUAUUAAUGCUAUAUAUAUCAUCUUUCCAGACAGAAAUCUGAAAAAUGUUAGAAAGUGCAAAAUCCAGCAAGACCUCUGCACUAAGUGCCAAAGGCUCAGUAAAGAAACUUAAAGGAGAAACCAAAGCUAAAGGAUCAGCCAAAGGCAAGCGAAAACAGCUUGGUAAAAAAGAUGAGGAAGAGGACAUAUCUAUGGCUAGCAUAGGCCACCCAGAGAUCUUUCCAUUAGUUUUCACUGAAAAGACACAGGAAAUUUUAAAUUGUCGAAUUAAUGAAGAUAUCACAGAAGAAAAACCUUACAAACUUCUGAAAAAAGAGGACAUAAUUCAGGAUAUGAAGACAAGAGCUGCAGUCUCCGAUUUCCACCCAGUCAAAAAAAUAGUCCUAGAAUAUCCAGGGGAAGAACUUCUGAUAGUUUUAGAUACAGAGUUCAAAUAUGGACAGAACUUUUAUCUUGUUGCAACUGAAGAGGCCAAGGAAAGCUUUUUAAAUCCUCCAGAGGCAGUUGAAGAAGAGGGAGAGACUAAAGAAGGAACGACAGAGGAAUACUUUUAUAAGCCUCCUGUCCGCAAACCUUGGGUCUCCCUUGGCAGUGAAAAGGAAAUUGAAGAAGAAUCAGUUAAUGAAUCUGUUAGAAAGAUUAAAUAUAUGAUUUCUCGAGUGCGAAGAGAGUUUGGUUCAAAGGUCAAAUUUACUGAUAGAAAUGCUUCAAGUGUGAAAGAUGGCUACAUUGAAUGUACAUCCUAUCAGGAUAAAAAUUUCAGCAUUAUGAAACUUGAAAAAGAUGUUGGUGCACAAGUUGUUCCAAAAGUAAGGGAAAUGAGUACUCAAACAAAGUGGAUCUAUCCAAGAAAUGCAGCCACACAAUACUUCCCUAGAGAGUUCUCAGAUGAAGAAAAAGAGCGGUGUUUGUCAUCUGAGGAUCUGAAAGAAUUUAUCAUCUCAGUGUUUUUAAGAGUGGAAAUAGCAUUGCAGCAAAAUGAAAUUAUGAAUGCCUUUUUUGAUGACUGGAAAGCAUUAGCAGAAGAUGAAAGUGCCUUUGGUGGCAAAUCAGAUGCUUAUCUUAAGGAAUACCAAUCCUUUACAGACCUGCACUAUCUGAAGCAUAGAACAGUUAGCUGUGUUUGCUGGCACCCAACCAUUUAUGGGAUUAUAGCAGUGUCAGUAACAGAGCGGCUUUCUUAUGAAGAACGCAUUACCCAAUCUGGUAAACUGUUGUUGCAGAAGUCACCAAUUCUUUUUUGGAGUUUCUCUGACCCUAUUCACCCUCAGUUAAUGCUGGAGUGCCCUGAAGAGGUCUACUGCUUUGAAUUCUGUCCAUCUGAUCCCAAUAUCAUUGCUGGAGGCUGCAGGAAUGGACAGGUUGUACUGUGGGACAUUUCUGAGUAUGAAGAAAAGCUGCAGAAUGCUAAAACUGGUGCUGGUGGAAGCAAGAACACCGCUGUUAAUAUGCCAACGUUUAUACAAGCACAACAAAGUGGUAAGGAACCACAUUUUGUGAGAUAUUGUGCAGUCUCUUCUAUAGAAUAUGGCCAUAAAACAGUAAUAACAGAUAUACACUGGCUGCCAGACUAUUUUGAGGUUAACAGAAUGGGCAUUGCUUUUGAAAACAGAACUGGAGUUUGUGUGCAGCUUGUAACCUGCUCUCCUGAUUGCUCCUUAUUAUUUUGGGAUCUUCGAGCCCCCAAAACUACUAUCCAGAAUUCAACUGAGAAGGCAAAAGAUGAGAAGGCUAUCGAGGCUCCCCCUGAUGUGCCGACUACUUUUAAACAUCUGGAUCUCUCCUGGAGACCUCUCAUUAAGGCAAACCUAUCCAAGAGCGACACAAGUGGAGACUAUAGUCCUACUAAAAUUAGCCUAGUGGAAGAGCAUUUCCAUUACAAAAUGCAAGAUAAGAUGCAAUACCAAAUCAAACCAGAAAUGUAUGGAGACGAAAAUCCUUAUAAGCAGUUAAGGGUCCCUUCAGCCAAACCUCUUAAGAUACUGGAGAAUAUCGCCACCAACUUUUUUGUUGGAACUGAAGAUGGUGAAGUUAUUUAUUCCGACUGGAAGAUGGAAAGAGAGAGUGACUCAGGAAGGCUGAUUAGUCAGAAACCAGCGAACAAAUACACCAUCCAUGAUGGAAUUGUCCAUACUAUACAAAGAUCUCCAUUUUUCAAAGACAUCAUUCUUAGUGUUGGAGGCUGGAAUUUUGCCAUAUGGAAAGAAGGUGUUACGAGCGGCCCAAUCCUUCAAUCAUGCUGCUCAUCAAAAAGAUAUACUGUAGGACAUUGGUCCUUAUCAAGAGCAGGAGUUUUCUUCAUUGGUAGAGAAGAUGGAAAUAUUGAUAUUUGGGACCUACUGGAGAAAACACAUGAGCCAUCCCAGACCCAGAACAUCUCUAUAUCAAUGAUCACCUGCAUCAAACCCUGGAUUGUCUCUUCAAAGCAGCACUUUUUAGCCAUAUCUGAUGACUUUGGAACACUGCAUAUUUUAGAAAUCUCUUGGGCAUUAAGUCACCCUUCCAGUAAUGAGCGUGCCAGUGUUCUUCAUUACUUUGAGAGAGAGGUCAAACAUCUGGAUUAUUUUGAACAGCGGCAAGAAUUCCGAGCUAAAGAGAGAGUGGAAUUGGAGCUGGAGAAACAGAGGAAGAAGAUAAAAGUGGCUGGUGGACAGAAAUCAAGAGAACAAAUGGAGGAGCAGAUGAAUAUAAAUUAUGUCGAUUUUCUGGAUGAAGAGAAGAAAAUCCUGACAGGACUUGGGCUAUUGAAAGCAACAGAUAGAUUUGCCUAGAACAGAACAGAACAAGCUUAUUGGCAAAUGUGCAUUUUUUUUCCCAGGAUAGGUUGUUUUGCUUUCUUGGGAAAGCAGCAUCUUUAGUAUGAGAACUGUAAAUAUAAAGUAUAUCACACCUAGGCAACAUUAUCUCACUAGCUUUAUUAAGAUGUUUGCUCACAGCAGCAGGCGAGAGAACACUUGAUUUGUGAGAUUCCUGCACGGCCAUUCAUUAACAAAUAUAGUUACAAAUCAGUCAUCUCCUGGUUUAAUGGAAUUAUUUUAAGUUGUCUUACUUAUUUAUUGUUACAAUGCGCCUAUCCAGUGCUGUGCCUGCUGUAAAAAUAUUCAAUGAAAAACCUACUCAACAAGUCAAAAUAAGACUAUAACAUCCUCCCCUGCAAACGGCUCCCGUUCGAAUAGAAUACAGGAUAUUAAUAUUCCUGCUGCUCAGCUCCAAUAAACAUCUCCCAUUCCACCCUACCUCAUUCCCAAAGCACUCAAUUCCCAUGGAAAAGCUCGAAAGAAAAGGUUACUUUAAGUUUUGCAGCAUGCCCUGAAGGUUCCAAAUAUGGGCAUGUCAUGAACCAAGGGAGAAAGAGAGCUCCAAAGCCAAUGACACUCUGCCGCUCACUGCCUUUGGUUUAUACCAGGAGGGACCAGUCAGCACCUCAGAUGACCACAACUGUCCUGGCAACAUACGAAGAGAAAGAGGUAGUCUCUCCAGUGGCUGGGACUGAAGUCUUUAAGAGCUUUAAAUGUCAUAAAUAACGCCACACACGUCAUCUGGACAGAUCAUGAAGCACUGGUCUCCUGUGCUCUUUUCAUGAAAGCCCAGCUCAUAAGCAAGUCACUGUAUUCUGAACUACCUGCAAUUUCUACAUCAUUUGAAAAUGUCACCCCAAACAGUGCACACAAUCUAACCUUUGGGUGAUUAAGAUGUAUAGCAUGGCAGAUAGUACGGGACUUACUGUGUUGUUAAAUACAGAGUGUGGCUGUCCCACGGAAAGAACAGCAGGAAAUGCACUGUCCUAGGGGACUACGUUUUGAUUCUAUCGGACGUGUGAAUUGAUGCCACUUUACAAGCUUUGCUUCAAUAUUCAAAGGCUUCUUUGAGCCCCAUCUCUGGGGGUUUAGUUAAAGAUUCUAAAGUGGUUGGCAGGAUUUCCUUUGUUGAAGACUGUGAGGAAAGGGAUGUACAUAUUUUAGGCUAUGUCUACACUAUGCAGCUUUUAGCGACCCGGCUGUGCCCAUACAGCCAUGCUGCUAAAAAGGUGCGCAGUGUAGCCACUGUUCGUUGGCAGGAGAGAGCUCUUCCCAGCAACAAAAAACAUCCACCCUCAACAAGCAGCAGUAGAUUUGUCGGCAGGAGAGCACUCCUGCCAACAAAGUGCUGUUCAUACCAGCACUUUUCUUCGACAAAACUUGUGUCUUUUGGGGGCACGUGUGUGGGGUUUUUUUUAACACUUGCCAGUGUAGACAAAGCCUUAGAUAGAAGAAACAACAUACAAAUACGAGCUGGACACUCAUCAAGAGAUUUUGAUGAAUCCUGGUAUCUACAAGAAUGAAGCUCUAGUGGCUAGGUAUGAGAUUGUAGAACCUGGAGGUGUGUGUUCCUUAGCUAGUUUUCCUGUGUUGGGAUUAACAACAAUUUGUACAUAGUUAAAGGCAAGCACAAGAUUUAAAAAAAUAAAGUGUUUUUC